CCCGAGCUGCACAUGCUUGGCUCUUACAUGAGCAAGAAAUUUGCCAAGCGACGAGUACCGGAGCCGGCGCGAAAUAUUCGUGCCGCCGAUCGCGUGUGAUGACAACAGCAUCGUCGAUGACAUAGGGUUGUAUACUUACAAAGUCCACCUACAAAAGCAAGCCCUCCCCCCAGAGUGAACACCACUACGUAUCCCGAAUUCGAUAAGGUAUACAGGGCCUCAAAAUGUCCAAGCAGACAAGGCCAGCGAGUCCCAGCACCUGGAGGCGCCGGUCGUGGACAUCUUUGCGGUCAACGCCGCGCAGCUGUCGCAUUACACGAGCCCUUCUAGCCAUUCUCCUCCUCCUGUGCUUGUUGCACGCCUACGACAAAUUCUGCACAGCACGCCGGGAGCUGUCCAUCAAGUACAGCCCGACGCAGUUCACGCGGCUUUCUGUCGAGGAGCAAAUCCGUCUCGCCGAUCCGCAAUGGCAAUCGAUGGAGCGAGCGCCAUACCAAGACUCCGCGGACAAAUCAGCGUACUCGCGGGACGCGCUAUUGAACGACGGCCUGCAAUGGACAAAACUGGGUGGCGGGUUCGAAGGAGAGGCAUUCCGCUAUCGCGAUGUUGUCGUCAAGGUCUACAGAGAGCGACACACACCUUUUCGAAACUGCGUUCCCGGGCAUGAGCCUGAACAGAGGUGGCCGACUGAAGUUGCCGCAUCGCUGAUCAUGGGUGGGAUAGUAGGGCGUGGGGAAAUGAUCGAAGACGACGCUAGCUUUCUGCCAGUGACAGACUACUUUCUGGCAUCUCCACCAACGGAGCAACAACCUCAGCCCCGGAAAUGGCAUUUUGUCACAGAAUUCCAGGUGAAUGGUAAUCUGGCCAAACUCGGUCAGCGGCUGCACGAGUCAGAGCCGGUGUAUACAGCACGCGACCUGGACAUCAUCUACCGACCUUCAUUGAACAGAUUGCUCCAGGCCCUGGAGGAUAUGCACGCACAUCACGACCUGUGCCACGAUGAUCUGAAAAUGGACAACAUCUUCCUGGGCACUAGGCACAAUGCCACGGAGAGAUUGCCGCUGACAGAAGCCACGCACUGGCUUUUGGCGGAUCUAGGCAACGCCCGCGAACGAGAGCAUGCCUACCAUGCGACCACCAUAUGGAGGAGCCGCAAUCUAAUGGACUGCCGGGCCAACGACGUCGUCCGAUUGAUAAAGGCGUACUUGGAGUUCCUUCGAAUGUCCGUGGACGACAUGGAAAGGUUCGACGCGGAGCUCUUUGAGGCGGCAGAGCCUUGGAGUCGCCUUUUCUGGUCUGUCUGGGAUGAGACUCAGCAGCAAGACUACACAACAACAGCCGAUUCUGUCCUGAACAUGUCCUUGGAGGAUCUCAUGCCGACCAACGCGCCCCUGGCGGGAGCAGCGCGGCAGCCGUUUAGCUUCCACAACCCUCUGGCACGCCUGUUCGCGGGACGAAGGUGGGCGCUGUCGAGUGCGACACGACAUAUCCUCAAGGUCCAGGCGCGUGAGAAGAGCGCGCGCAUCUGGGCCAUGACCUUUGUGUUUGGCGUGCCUUACCCUUCAUGUGCGGGUUCAACGCCCUGAUGCUUUACUUCCAUACUUCCAGCGCAUUGCGAUACGAUACCCUUGGCUUUAUAUCACGAGUAACGACCAGUAUAGACACAGUCCCCUUAUCAGUAUUAAAGUAGACUUAAUCAGUAUGGCUGGUAAUAAAACUUACGAAGUAUUGACAUCACAAAUGUGACAAACAACGAACAUGAUUGAGGGCACAC